GGGAGAGAGAGUCCGGCUCGGGCUGCAAUGUAACGGUUCGGAUUUCUUCUCGUAUUUUUACAGGAAACUCGAGCGACCGAGUGUAACGAACCCAAUCAAACAAUUUAAAUGAUUCAGUAACGUCGAUGAAUAUUACAACAGCAGCCGUUUAAAAGAAUCGUUGAGCUGGGCAGCGCCUCCACUAACAUACAAAACGAUAGAAAAAUGGGAAUUAUAUUUGAUAAUAUGCUGUCCAUCACGCGCCGUUUGAUAGAGACGUCCUUGUUGUUGUUGUUUUUCUUCCAUCUCUGCGCGAAAUAAAUCUCUAGGCGGGAAUGUCGUGGACUGUUAGCAAACAUUCCGGUUCCAAGUGGUGAGUGGGUCGCCCGGAUCGAUUGUUUGCCGAACGACGAAAUUUUAAAAAGGGAAAAGAUUCGUUUGUUCAAAUCACAUCUUUUAUUAUACAAAGUGCAUGAAGGGCUUGAGUGUAUCCUAGAGCAAUAACCCAGGGUCUUGUCGUACAUUAGUUGCAUCUUGUAAAGUGGUGUGAUGGGGGAAAUGACGCCAUUACGAUAUUUGUAGUCGUGAUUUCAGUGCACGCGUUCGUCGGCCAGUUUUAAGGGGCACCACAAAGGACUGGGAAUUAAACAAUAGUCGAGCGACACACACACACACACAAACAACAGCGAUCUGCGCAAGUCCUCCGUCCAGCCUUCGAUCGCUCUUUGCCGGGAGAUUUCUCUCUCUCUCUCUCUGAGAAUCUUAGAUGUAUCAAUCGAAUUGGGCGCAUCAGCUGACUCCGCACUCCGCCUCCCGUGACGUCGGUAUAAACACAUCACGAACGCGCCCGAUAGUCCUUGGCCGGAGAUACUGGAAAUCUGGUCUAGGCGCUUCGUGUAGAGCGUCGUUGUCAAUCAGUGCUAGUCGGCGACGUCGAACCCUUCGCACGGCGGAUCAGAAUCAUCAAGUGCGCCUUUCUUCUUUCCAGUUCAAAAAAGGUUUUUUGAACGAGUCAUGUUCUAAAAGUAGCCACAAAAGAAAAGAGAAAUAGAAACCCGCCGAACCACCUACACUACAAUCCGACAGUGAAUAGAAGACUCGCAAACGAUGGCCGGCGAGAGUAAACAAGAUGCCAAAAGAGCGGAUCCAGAAGCAACCAGCCCGGAAUGCGAUGGAGAAGACAUCUGUGAGAUACACGAUAUUCCGAUUCCGCCGGACGGUGGAUGGGGAUGGGUGAUCGUCAUGUCUUCCUUCCUCUGCAAUCUCAUCGUCGACGGAAUUGCCUACACUUUCGGCGUCUUCCUCCCGAAAUUCGUCAUCUACUUCAACGAAGGCAAAGGAACAGUGGCCUGGGUCGGCUCGCUCCUGGCCGGCGUCUACCUGAGCUGCGGACCCAUCGUCGGGGCCCUCACCAACAAAUUCGGCUGCCGGACAACUUGUAUUAUGGGCAGCGUCAUCGGCAUGGCCGCUUUCGCCCUGUCUACCUUGUCCAAUUCGGUGGCCAUGCUCAUGGUCACCUACGGCAUCGUCGGCGGAAUCGGAUUCGGACUCAUCUACCUGCCGGCCAUCGUCUCCGUCGGCUAUUACUUUGAAAAGAAACGAGCCCUGGCCACGGGCAUCGCCGUCUGUGGAUCCGGUUUCGGUACCUUCGUCUUCGCACCGCUGGCGGCCAUGCUGCUGGAACACUACGACUGGAAAGGAGCAAAUCUCAUCCUGGCCGGCAUCAUCUUCAACUGCGCCGUUUUCGGUUCCUUGAUGAGGCCCCUUGAGGCGCCUAAGAAAAAGUGCAAACCUUUACUGCAGCGGAUGGCGGAGGAUAAAGCCGCCCAGCUGGAGCGCGGCUCUCUCAUGGGCUCCCAAUAUUUCACAGUCCAGUUGCCAGACGGUUCCUACGAAAAAAGGCUCAAAGUGCCUGUCAACGUCGAUCCCGGAGUGCACUCGAGUUUCGAUCUGGAUGAGCUGUCAGGAGCUCACGCUGCCACCCGCAUGCCGACCAUCAGCGAAGCUAAAGGCGAUCCUUCCAACGGCGAUGCCGCCCAGUCCCAGGAGAAAAAGGAAGACAAACAAAUGAAAAACUCGCAACUCAAAGAUAAUUUAGAAGACGACACCAAAGAAAGUGACAAACUCCUUGAAGACGGCAAAGCUGCGGCCGCAUUAAGGGGAAGCCGCACCAGCGUCUCGAAUGGCGAAGCGAGCAACGUGAAGCGCCGUUCGGCUGGCGCCUGUGGCAGUAAAGAUGAUGUGAGCAGCUUAUCGGCUUCCAAGAAGGAUUUGGCCCGCCCGCUGGCCCGUAAAGAUGUCUUCUACACGGGCAGCGUCACCAAUCUGCCAGAAUAUCAGAGCCAGAAAUCACUGGGCUCCUACCGCCAAAGUAUUGUAUCGAUCCCCAAAGCCGUUCAGUCUGGCAAAGCCGGAAAGAAAUCCGGCGGCGGCUGCUGCCGUUGCAUACCGGAAUCGGCGCGCAAAGAAAUUUCCGGCCUUAUGGAUUUCUCCUUGAUGAAAGAUCCCGUCUUCCUCUUCCUCGGCGUCUCCAACGUCUUUGGCAUGUUGGGAUUCUACGUCCCGUUCGUCUACAUCAUCGACGCCGCCACCACCAAAGGUAUCGACGAAGAAACGGCCGCCUUUCUCCUCUCGAUUAUUGGCAUCACCAACACUGUGGGCCGUCUCAUUUCCGGCUACAUUUCCGACUUCCCGGCCGUCGAUUCCCUCUUCGUCACCAACGUCUGUAUCGCCGUGAGUGGAGUGGCCGUUUUCUGCGUGCCAUUCUGCUACGAUUACGUCGGAUUCUGCAUCGCCUCUGGCUGUUUCGGCCUCUUUUCCUCGGCUUUCAUUGCACUCACUUCCAUCGUCCUGGUCGAUUUGCUGGGCAUUGCACAACUCACCAACGCGUUCGGACUUUUGUGUUUGCUGAGAGGCGUCGCCGCCAUUGUCGGACCUCCGCUAGCCGGUUCCGUCUUUGAUAUGACGCAGAGUUACGACGUUCCCUUCUGGUUGGCCGGCAUUUUCCUCUUCAUCUCGUCGGCCAUUUCCUUCAUGGUGCCAUUGGUCCGGCGCUGGGUCAAGCGCAAGGAAGACGCCGAACUUGCUAAAUCAGCAGGUGAAAUGAAACAACUUAAAUCCAGUGAAGGUUCACCACGGGCCGUUCAAACAUAGGCGAUCGAUACAUUCAUCGGUCUAAAUAUUUCAAAUUGUUUUUUUUUUUGUUUUUUGUUUAUUAUUUUUUUGUUUUUAGGUUAAAGUUAAUAUCAGAUUAUAUUAGUCAAUUCUGAACAUGAAAUUCGGAUGAUUUGUAGAUUUCUAUAAAAAAAAAGGCAAAGCUGAAAAUUGACGUAUCAUCCGUCGUCGUGUGGAUCCCUUUAUGUCUAAAGGCUACUCGAUUUUUCUUUUUUCAUUCACAGAAAAAACUUUUGAUAUGAUUCAUUAAAAAAAAACUACAACACAAUCCCAUCAUUUGCAUUUGAUUACAACGUGACGAAUUUAAACCGAACCGACAGGAAACGCCAAAUAAGUGCAGUGCUAGUUGAAACCGGUCUGCGACUUCUUCCUGUACGCAUCUAUCAUCAUCUUGAAAAACAAAACAAAACAAAAAACAAAUGAAUGACUAAAUAAUUGACUGUUAUGGUUCGCAAUUUCCUCUCUCUCUCUUCCCCUCUACCAGUCGGCGUGCGACGGUCGUCUAUAAUAUCGCCUCCUUCUCCGUAUCCUGUUUCAUCUUCUACUAUAAAAUAUGCUGUUAUUGGUCAAUCAAUCCGCAUCGUUUUCAUCUGGAUGUUCAUAUUUAGUGAUCUAUUCUUUUUAUUUUUCAAUCAGCAGCGCAAAAAAUCAUUUGCGAAAUUUUAUUGUUGGCUGUCAUUGUUGGUAGUCGAAGAGAAAAGAUGGAUGUUCCUUCCUGUUUUUUCGCCCGCAAUCAGAGAAAGUUGUUGAUGUCAUAUUGUUUCGUCGAAGCGAAAGGGGGAAAAAAGAAAAACGAAAACAAUAUAUUCAUUUCAUUGUCGA